UACGCCACCGGCUGUUCGGUCGCAGUAGCGUGAAUCGCCUUGUACUCCCGCGAGAACCCAGAUCUGUUUCACUGUUUCGGACGCCGAAUGGCGAAACAGCAAAGCCGGGAGCAGGGCAUCACCUUGCGGGGCAGCGCCGAGACUGUGGCGGAGUUUUUCUCCUAUGGUAUCAACAGUAUCUUAUAUCAACGUGGAAUAUAUCCUGCUGAAACAUUUACACGUGUUCAAAAAUAUGGUCUUACCAUGCUUGUUACUGCAGACUCUGAACUUAAAAAUUAUCUGAACAAUGUUGUAGGACAACUGAAAGAAUGGCUCUUUGAAUGCCUUGUCCAACGGCUAGUGGUAGUUAUCUCUAGUAAGGAAACCAGUGAAGUUCUUGAAAGAUGGCAAUUUGACAUUGAAUGUGACAAAACUGCCAAAAAUGAAAAUGCACCAAGGCAGAAAUCUCAGAAAGCUAUCCAGGAUGAAAUCAAAUCUAUUAUCAGACAAAUAACAGCUACAGUGACAUUCCUUCCUCUAUUAGAAACUACCUGUGCAUUUGACUUACUCAUAUUCACAGACAAAGAACUGUCUGUUCCAGAAAAGUGGGAGGAGUCAGGACCACAGUUCAUUACUAAUUCUGAAGAAGUCCGUCUUCGUUCUUUCACUACUACAAUACACAAAGUUAGCAGUAUGGUGGCCUACAAAAAGGACACCUUGCUGUGAUUUAGUAAAUAACAUUGUAUAUGUACCCUUUUGUAAGAUUCAUUACCCAACAGUAAUUAAGAUUUUUUCAAAAUGCCAGCUUGGUUCUCUAAGCUGAAGCAUCAUCUUGUAAAUAUACAUUAAGACUAGAAUCCUGUCCUUUCAAUAUUACAAUUGAAUUCUGUCAGUGGUUUCCAUGUAAUAGAAUGUAUAAUGUAAAUGUCAUUUUUAGUAAAAAAUAAAUUCAUAUGGUUUUUA